AUGCAUCGCUUAUCGAGACUUUCGGCAACUUUUAGUAGCAGGUUUCAAGACUUACAGUUAGCUUUCAUUACACUAAAUUUCAGCAAAAAGAAUGAAUUAGAGAUUGUUUCAUUAGCAUCUGGUGAAACUGAUGGCUUUCAACGACCGAAUGCUUUAUCGAUAGUUCGAAGUGAUACCUCUGAAGAGAGACAAGCCGUACCGAAAGCAGAUGAGGAAUGGUUUGAAUUUCAUUCCGUAACACCAACAAGUGAUGCGCACUCACCGAUUGCGAUUAUUGUUGAUCACAACCAACAUAUUCCAUCUUCAUCGAAUUUAAUUAAAGACGAAUUCAAUCAACACAGUGCAAUUUCAUCUUCAUCAAAAAAUGUUGCUGAAAGCUGCAAUAACGUUACAACCAAUGAUCCAGUUGCAGAUAUUGAAAUUAUGGAGAAAUCACUUAUUUCUUUAUUAGAUGACUUUAGGUCGGGGAGAAUGAAUGCUUUGAGUGAAGAACGACUUAAUCAAAUGCGGAAUGCACGUAAGGAUAUGGAAGAAUUGACGGCAUUCCAUGUUAAACUGCAUCGUCAACAGUUAUCCAAUCAACCCACGUCAACUGAUGCUGAAUCUUUGGACGAGCAGUAUGACGCACUCUUUCGAAGGCUUGAUGAAUUGCAUAGUUCGAUGUAA